CGUUCACCUGUGCAGGUUGGACUUCCACAGCCGGAAAACCAGUGUCAUGGACUCUCCGGUGAAGGACUCUCCCGUUAAACCGGGUUAUUACCGGGUGGAGGUCCAGAAAACCACGUGGGAUGUUCCGGACAGAUACACGGCGCUGCGGUCCGUGGGCUCCGGAGCCUACGGGACAGUCUGCUCCUCCAUUGACCAGAAGACCAAGGAGAAGGUCGCCAUCAAGAAGCUGUACCGGCCUUUCCAGUCCCUCAUCCACGCCAAACGGGCAUACAGGGAGCUCCGCCUACUUCGCCACAUACGCCAUGAAAAUGUGAUCUGCCUCCUUGACGUCUUCACACCUGAUUCUUCGCUGGAAAAAUUCCAAACCUUUUACAUGGUCAUGCCUUUCGUAGCUCAGGAUCUGGGCCACAUUAUGAAGAAGCGCAGAUUAACCGACCGCAUCAUCGUAUACCUGUUUUACCAGCUGCUGAGAGGACUCAAGUAUAUUCACUCUGCAGGGAUCAUUCAUCGGGAUCUGAAACCUGGUAAUCUUGCCGUGAAUGAGAAUUGUGAAUUAAAGAUCCUGGACUUCGGCUUGGCGAGGCAGACCGAGACUGAAAUGACGGGUUAUGUGGUGACACGUUGGUACAGAGCUCCAGAGGUCAUAUUCAACUGGAUGCACUAUAGUCAGACAGUGGACGUCUGGUCGGCCGCCUGCAUUCUGGCUGAGAUGAUUACAGGCCGCGUUCUGUUCCCAGGACACGACAGUAUUGAUCAGCUGAAGAAGAUCCUGCGACUGACAGGAACACCAGAUAGAUCCCUGGUUCAGAAGAUGCAGAGCAAAGAUGCUCAAUCCUAUGUGCAAGGCCUCCCUCCACAAAAGAAGAAAAACUUCAGAGAGGUGUUUCCAGACAUGAAUGAAAACGCUGUGGAUCUGCUGGAGGGUAUGCUGCUGCUGGACCCAGAGACGAGGCUCACCGCCAAACAGGGACUGUCGCACCCAUUCCUGGAGGAGUAUCACGACCCGGAGAGUGAACCAGACUCCCAGCCCUAUGACGACUCCUUCGAGAACCUGGAACUGGCUGUCGGAGAGUGGAAGAGUCUUAUCCACAUGGAGAUCAUGACCUUUGACCCUGACAACCCCAGUGUGACAGCCAUGUAGGACUGUGAUACACCUGUUACUGUUUGGUAUUCAUAUGUACACAUUGUAAAGGUCAAUAAACUACAUUUAUGUAGA